GCUGCCGGUUGCACACGGCCUCGGCGGCGGGCGCGGCGGGCUCGGGCCUGUGGAGCGGCGGCGGGCGCGCGGCCCGGGCGGGCACCCCUCCGAGGGCGGCCGCGGAAGCUCCCGGGGGAGGAGUAGGCGGAGGCGGAGGCGGAGGAGGAGGUGGAGGGCUGCGGCGGCCGCGGGACCCACUCGGCGCCUCGGCCUCUCCGCCCCCUCCCCAGCUCUUCUUUCGCCCUCUUCUUUCUCACUCCCGGCCGGCGUCUCGGCUUUGUGCGAAGAGAUGGUGUAGCCCCGCGGCCGCCCGAAGGAGGAGCUGGACACUUGUCUCCCGGCCGCGAGCUGCUUCCCCGCCCCUGGAGGAGAGACCCCUUUCUGCUCGACGCCGCCCGCAUCUCCCGGCUGCUGGGGAAGCCUCGGCGCGGCCGGCACCAUGAGUGAACAGAGUAUCUGUCAGGCAAGAGCUGCUGUGAUGGUUUAUGAUGAUGCCAAUAAAAAGUGGGUGCCAGCUGGUGGUUCACCUGGGUUCAGCAGAGUUCAUAUAUAUCAUCAUACAGGCAACAACACAUUCAGAGUGGUGGGCAGGAAGAUUCAGGACCAUCAGGUCGUGAUAAAUUGUGCCAUUCCUAAAGGGUUGAAGUACAAUCAAGCUACACAGACCUUCCACCAAUGGCGGGAUGCUAGACAGGUGUAUGGUCUCAACUUUGGCAGCAAAGAAGAUGCCAAUGUCUUCGCAAGUGCCAUGAUGCAUGCCUUAGAAGUGUUGAAUUCACAGGAAACAGGGCCAACAUUGCCUAGACAAAAUUCACAACUACCUGCUCAAGUUCAGAAUGGCCCAUCACAAGAAGAAUUGGAAAUUCAGAGAAGGCAACUACAAGAACAGCAACGACAAAAGGAGCUGGAGCGGGAAAGGCUGGAGAGAGAAAGAAUGGAAAGGGAGAGAUUGGAGAGGGAGAGGCUAGAAAGGGAAAGGCUGGAGAGGGAGCGACUGGAACAGGAGCAGCUGGAGAGAGAGAGACAAGAAAGGGACCGUCAGGAUCGCCUGGAGCGGGAGAGGCAAGAGCGGGAGAGGCUGGAGAGACUGGACCGGGAGAGGCAAGAACGAGAGCGGCAGGAGCAGCUAGAAAGGGAGCAGCUGGAGUGGGAGCGAGAGCGGAGAACAUCAAGUGCCGCUGCCCCUGCCUCUGUGGAGACUCCUCUAAACUCUGUGCUGGGAGACUCCUCUGCUUCUGAGCCAGGCUUGCAGGCAGCCUCUCAGCCGGCCGAGACUCCAGCCCAACAGGGCAUUGUCUUGGGACCACCUGCACCUCCACCCCCUCCUCCACUCCCACCAGGUCCUGCCCAGGCAUCGGCAGCACUCCCUCCUCCCCCAGGACCCCCUCCCCCCCCUCCACUUCCGUCCUCAGGGCCUCCGCCUCCGCCUCCUCCACCACCUCUUCCUAAUCAAGUACCCCCUCCUCCCCCCCCACCUCCCGCUCCUCCGCUCCCUGCAUCUGGAUUUUUUUCGGGAUCCAUGUCUGAAGAUAAUCGCCCUUUAACUGGACUUGCAGCUGCGAUUGCUGGAGCAAAACUUAGGAAAGUGUCACGGAUGGAGGAUGCCUCUUUCCCAAGCGGAGGGAAUACCAUUGGUGUGAAUUCGGCUGCAUCUAAAACAGAUACGGGUCGUGGAAAUGGACCCCUUCCUUUAGGGGGUAGUGGUUUAAUGGAAGAAAUGAGUGCCCUGCUGGCCAGGAGGAGAAGAAUUGCUGAAAAGGGAUCAACAAUAGAAACAGAACAAAAAGAGGACAAAAAUGAAGAUUCAGAGCCUGUAACUUCUAAGGCCUCUUCAACAAGUACACCUGAACCAACAAGAAAACCUUGGGAAAGAACAAAUACAAUGAAUGGCAGCAAGUCACCUGUUAUUUCCAGACCAAAAUCUGCUCCCUCGUCACAGCCCAGUGCCAAUGGAGUCCAGACGGAGGGACUGGACUAUGACAGGCUGAAGCAGGACAUUUUAGAUGAAAUGAGAAAAGAAUUAACUAAGCUAAAAGAAGAGCUCAUUGAUGCAAUCAGGCAGGAACUGAGCAAGUCAAAUACUGCAUAGAGAAACAAACUAAGGAGAGAUAGGACUUUAAAAAAAAAACAAAACAGAACAGAAACCUACAAAGAACAACUGUUAACAACAACAAAACGCUUACAUUUUGUGAGCUGUAAGAAGAAAAUGGAGACACACAGUCAGAAGGAGGGAAAAACCAACAUACUUUGAAAGCCUUCAGACAUUACUACUCUGGCGAUAAGCUAUUUCCCUCCCAGUUCGCUGCUUUUUUCUGACCUUUACAACAGGAUGGAAGAGAGUCGUAUAGGAGUUCCUGUAUCAGUUAAGCAGAAAAUACUAGACCCGUCGUCAGGCAAGAUCACCGUGCAUUGAAGUAUUUUCAUGUCAAGAGAAAAUCGCACAUUUUCCACAAUCCAUUGCUAAAAUAAAGAGGAGAAAGGGUUGAGAAGUCUUUUUCAGAGAAUGCUGAUGAAGAGUCGAGCAAGUUACGCUAUUGUACAGUAAAUGUUCCUCUCAGGUUUGUCUUCCUGUCAUAUUUGAUAUUCCAUGAAUAACUGAGAUCAGCCCUAUGUAGGUUAAGAUCAUAAAAUGUGGAACAAAUGGAAUUGUAUGUGCUUUCAAAGGGUAAUAUUUAUAAGAAAGUGUCCUAAAAAUGAUUUGUUCAGAGUGAGGAAUUUUAGAAUGAUAGGAAGUCUCUCGAGUUUAGCCUUCAUGCAAUUUUUGUAGAUUCAAACAUAAAAUUCGUCCAGAAUUUAAAGAUUUAGAUGCCUUCCUAAAUUGUUACAAUGCUUUACCAAAUCUAUGACUCCUACAUAACACAAACCAGUGGUCAAAUGUAAAACAAUAUAUUGUAGAUUUACUGUAGGUUUUCAGCCUUUUUUAGAUUUGUGCAUGUGGACAUUUUUAUAAUGUAAUUACAACCACCACAAAAUUAGCUUUUUUAAUUGCAGACAGUAAUGCAUGUCAAACUAAUAAUGUAGUGGCCUUUUCAAGGCCUAGUCCCAGGGAAAACAUUUUGUAGAGUAUAGGGGAGCGGGAGGAAGGGAAGGAAUAAUUUUUUAUUUAAAGUUAACUUCUGCACUAUCUUUUUUUCUCAAUUAUCUGCAUGAAUAAUAAUGAGGAAUAUUUCGUGACUUUAAUUGGUAAAUAUGUUAACAGAACCAAGUGCUUAAUCUUUUACAUCAUGUCUUCAGCUAUUUGUAUUUUAACUUCAGUAAGUUCAGUGGUCUGAAACAUGAUUCUGAGCUUCAUGUGAAUUGUAUCUUACUGUGGAACUCAAAAGUUCCAUCCCUGAAUUUGACAGUUACUGUGACCUAGGUGCCCUGCAGUUAUACAAGUGUUCGGGUGCACAUUCCUGACUACAAAGCUGCUAUUGAAUCUUGUUAUGUUGAAAUACUAGAAAAGUAACAAUGAUGGCAGCAAUUAAGGUCGCGGAAAUCAUUAGAUGAAGGGAAGACAAUGAGGGAUCCUGCAUAAUUUUCUUUUAAUGGAUAGAGUGAGACUUAGGUGGUGGGAAGAAGGAAUUAAAUACUCUACUUACCACCGUGUGUGUG